AUGUCUAUCACAUUCAAAAAAGAAUUAGAUGAUCUGGUCUUACAAUUAUUGAAGAACUUAAUGGAAUAUGAGCUAGAUCCUAAUGUUAACCUUGUGAUGAUUAAGGCAAAUGGAAAAGCAUUUUCAGCUGGUGGUGAUCUUUUAUCUAUCCUAGGAUUAAUAACUGCAGGUCAUUGGAGUCUUACAGCCAAAUAUUACUACAAGUGGUUAACAUUACUUCACUUAAACAUCACAUAUAAGAAACCAUUGGUAAACAUUGUGAAUGGAUUCGCAAUUGGUGGAGGCGCGACUAUGUCUACAUUUGCAACAUUUCGAAUCGUUACUGAGAAUACGAUAUUUUCAUUGCCAGAGAUAGCAAUAGGUCUUAUUCCAAAUGUGGGUGCCGGAUAUAUUUUGUCCAGGCUCCCAGGUUACUUUGGAGAAUUUUUGGGAUUGACAGGAGCUAGAAUAGAUGGGGCUGAUAUGAUUGCAUGUGGACUAGCAACUCAUUUUGUUCCUUCCAAGGAUCUUGCUCUUUUGGAGAGUGAAUUGGAGGAGAUAACUGGUUCAUCAAACACAUUGAACAACUCCAAAGUUAAUGAGACCAUUAAUAAAUAUGCUCUUACACCUUCUUUAAAGCAAGACAGUCCACUAAAGAAGUGA